AAAUGGCUAGGUAUACCGAGUAAAACUGUCGAUCUUACACAACGCUAUCUCUACGUGGAAUACAGUCAAGUUAAGUGAAAGGAAUGAUUUUAACGACCAACCCUCCUGUCGGCAAUAAGUCCCGGCGGGAUGUCAAGGAACAUAACAGGAAGUUUCAUAAUACCAAAUAAAGGAUUGAAAUACAUUGUACUGCGCAAAUGUUUAUAACUAUCCUUCAAACCGCGUGGCUUUGAUCAUUUGCGCUCCUGUGGUUAAUUCGAAUUUUGGUGAGUGAAUUUCUGUACUCCGACGACUUCAAACUGUUUCCUGCUGCGACACAGCUUUUGUGUGAAAAUUGUAAUUUAGGGAGGAUUGUUCCAUAGUUAAAAUUGAAAUAAUACGUUUAUCAGUGUCUCGUUGACGUUUGACGGCAUCUGAAAACCCCAAGUGAUCAGAAAUAUCAGACGUUUGCUUUCAGCUUGCAGUGUUUGGAUGAUCGAAUUACGGAUUUCGCAGGUGAAUGAAGGUAAUUAAGAAAACAAGAAAACUGACAAAGUGCUACACAACUGAAUCGUCAACGAUUCCUCACGCCAAAUAACCCAACGCAAGCGGUGAAAACGCAUUUAAUUCGUGAAGUGAGGGAACAACUUUUUCUACCGGUUGAUCUGACUCAUUGAUCUGCCUUACAGAAUCAUCACACAAUUCAAGAUAUUUAUUACUCUCGAUCAGUUUACAACAGCUGCCGAGACCUACAAAGAGUCUACAUUGUAUGAGGUAGCAAACAAUGUUUUUUGAAGGUUACUGGUUUCACACAAAUCUCACAAGCAUGUUAUUUUACGUGGUCAUUUCGUUAUGUACAAUCUCUGGUAACGUGCUCGUUUGCACAGCGUUCAUAAAGGACCCGUAUCGUCAGCUACGAACUCUACAAAAUUAUUACAUCGUAAGCUUGGGGAUUUCCGAUCUUUUAAUGGGGAUAGCCGCCGAAACUGUGCUCAUUGGUACUUAUUGGAACGACAGCGAACCGGUGUUUCUCGCUCAUUAUCUCUUCGCUAUCAUUUCGGGAGUAUCCUCUUUGUUGAACAUGGCUGCACUGUCCAUCCAUCGUUACUUCUGCGUCAAAAGGCCCUUGAAUUUCCAAGAGGUGAUGUCGCGUCGACGGAUUUUAGUUUCCAUAGCGAUAAUAUGGACUUACGCAGCCCAUUUCUCAGUUCUGCCGCUAUUGGGUUGGGUGGAUUCCUAUUUCCAGAUUUAUUUGUAUGUAUUGGGCUGUUUUUUACCAAGUGUGGUUGUUUUCUUGGCUUACGGCGGGAUUUUUAAAUCAAUUCGCGCACAUACGCAGACUCUCAAGCAGGGUCCUUCGAUUGGGAAUGCUGCGUUGAAAAACGCCGUUGCCAGAGAGAAAUCCACGACGAAGACGAUGCUCAUAGUUUUGGUGGUAUUCUUUUCGUUCUGGUUUCCAUUCCUUCUCGUUGACUCAAUUAUGGUUCAAUGUACCAAAUGUAGAACGUUUGCGUUUCAUGUUGCGCGCGACGUUACGCUGACUUUAACGUACUUCAGUUCAUGUGUGAAUCCUCUUCUUUACGCAUGGAGAGUCACGCAGUUCCGCAGGGCAUUUGCUCGCUUGCUCAGGCUGCAUAAAAUUAUGCUGAGGAGAAGCAACAUGGUUUAUCCAAUAGCACUGGCGACGUUUAGAUCGAAAACAGAAGCUGAUCGUGAUAGAUCUUUUUACACAAAUGCAUUAUAAUCUACUCAAGUUCAUGUGUUCGCUUCGUUUUCCUUCCCUUACUUCGUUGUAAGUCCAAACUUACAAGAGAUAUAUUUUGAGAGUGUUGCGGUACCGGCUACUUGUUUUUACAGAGGAGAUAGACCUCAGUAAGGAAAAUUCCACCCAUUUCUAUAGCAGUAAGUCAAGACAAAUCUCUUUCCCAAAGUCUUCCUUCGCUGAGACUUCGUUUCGUUCUAGACGAAUUCAAAAGGUCCGGAAACGAGAAUAAAUCACAACAAUAUUACCGUUUGUUAGCUGCGCCAUAUUCCUUGUAUCGUACCUUGUCGUUAGGCAUGUAUAAACCAACCUUGCUUGAACAAGUACUGGAGAACUAGAAGAAAUUUCUCUGUAUAUAGCCGGCUCACAGUCAUCACCUUACCUUACAUCUUAAUUGUGCAUUCGAACAGUGACUGUAAAAUUCAAGAAAAAGACUAAGCUUUUUGUAGUAGUAUAAACGUAAAUCUACACUUCUGUGUUUUCUGGAAGAUGAGACAAACCCAAGUUUGUAAAAAUAGCCAGCACUGAAGUCUUCCUUACAUGGUAAGGAAUGUCUUUUGUUUGAGGUGAUUCCUUACUAUCGCAACGCACAUCCUGUUCUCCGCAUAACAGUGGUCGCAAACGGCUGAACUCAGGAAUCUCGCUCCGAAAAGUAUGGUAUAGCCUACUUAAGUCGAAGAAAUUUCUGAUUACUCCUAAACAAUCUCCGUGACUCAUCUUUUCCUUUUUCAUUAAACACUUGAGAGGAAAAACUGUAGGGAAAUAGAGAUAAUGUGGAAUUUAAAUAAUUGCGCGACCUUAACUUUUAGGGGAGUGCAGGAACACCAUGCAAUCAAACAGUAAAAACUAAUAUAAGACCCCAUCUUUAUUUAAGUAUUAAUGGAGAAAUGUAGUCCACAAA